UUAUACACACACCACCACGUCUUUAUUGUUGGUGUUUAUGCACACAAACACACACACACACACACACACAUAUAUAUAUAUAUAUAUAUAUAUACAUUAGUUCACUGAUUCAAACACAUAUAAAUAUCGGUAUCAAUUGAAAUCUCUAGAUACAAUUUUUUUCAUUGUCACUGCUUAUAUCAAAAAUAUAAUGGCUUAUGGUAAGGGUGCGAAUCUACACAGUCUGUUUUCCAGUUAUUGUGAUGAUUCCAGUGAUCUUCAAGCUGAAGUGGACCAGUUCAGCUUGAAAAACGUCGAUAGCCUCAUUGCUCGAAUCGAAGCAUGCGUUCAUGAAGUGGUCAGUAGAGCAUUUCUUACCACAUGCUGGGCAAAAACUUAUCUCUUCGGCUCCAGCGGACUAGGUGCCGCAAUUGAGGGUAGUGACGUGGAUUUGUAUGUUUACAAUUUCCCCCAAACUUGA